ACUACUUUUAGUUUAUGCAAAGAUAGGAAACUAUCAAAAUAUUGUCUGCGAGAAGAACGUUAGAGAAGUGUCACUAAAUGUAAAAAGUGUGAAUUCAGCAAAAUUAAUUGAUAUUUUAAGUUUUUCCUUUGUUCGUGUUUAAAUAUAAAAUUCAUAUAAAAUGUUGCCUCCAUGUCAAACUCAAAAGUGUGGCAUGGUUCAGUUAUAUUGUUCGGAGCAAAUUGCAAUUCCGGAGACUUUUCCAAAUAUUCUCAAAACCUACGCAAAAGCUGCCAUUCGCACUCAGCCAUACGACUUACUCAGAUGGUCGGCUGCCUAUUUUCGUUGCUUGGCAAAUAACGCACCACCUCCGGCUAAAAUCCGUUUAGAACGAGCCUGCCGACAAGGCAGCAUAACAAAGGGAUACUUAAAGGUGCUCGUCGCUCAGGUCGGAAAAGGAUUCUUCAUUAGCCGGUGCCUUCUGCAGGAGCGAUGGAAGGCCCUCUGUUUGGAUGAGGAUGAUCUGCUUAAGUACUUAUCACUUUGCCGGAUGUUGAAUUGGCCUCAAGUUCACUGGCUGAAGGUGCUUGCCGUAAUGAUUGGAUCCUUGAACGAGACGCCAAACGAUACCAUGGUGAUGCUGUGCGAACUAUUGACUGAUGACAUGGAUGGUGGCUUAGCAAGGAUACCAUUUUGGAUGUUUAAGAUCUGUUACACCUUUGUGGCUAAACUGGAUUGUUCACAGGAGCAGUGUUUCGUUAAUGGUCAAUUGGUACUACCUUGGGGUGGUUUAGAGGAGCAAACACCAAUGGAAUCGCUUCCACGAGUACUUUCGGCAACAUUAUUAAAGGACACUAUAAUCGCAUCCUGCAAGGCGAAAUUUGAUAAGUCAAAUUACAAAGGGAUUCCUUGUCCUUUGGAAAUGCCAUCCACUAACGAUACUACCAGCAUUGACUUCAUGAUAAGCUCCAAUCUGGGCGAUCCAAAACAACUUUUUGACAAGUGUGAAGAUUUCGAGUCAAUAAUGUUGCUUCUUCAAGAUGCACAAGAAAACCCAAUUACUGAAGAUGACUUUAAAGGUCCACAUUAUAUAUCCGAAGAACAAUUGAAGAAAGCUCGAAAAAAAGAAGACAAAAUUAAUGUCAAGCGACAAGAACAAGCUGAAAAUAUGGCGGACAAUGCAAAAGACCAUAUUCAAAAAGAAGCUUUACAAAUGUUGCAGGAAGUUGGGCCUCCGUGGACAUGGUUACACCAAUUCACUGAUAAAGCCCAAAAUACUGCGAGCUAUAAUUUCAUUGACCAGGAAUCUAUCAAAUCUUUUGCAAACAUAACAGAUGGUACUUCUGAAGAAAGUUUUGAUUUCGUUAAAGAAGAGCCCAAAGAAGUGGAUGUAAUUUCUUCUAGUUCAUCAUGCAAUAAAACAGAAAUAGUAGAAGAAACAAAUAAUAUGGAAAGCCUAAAAACACUUCUCGAGGCAGGUGCCCAGCAAAACCAAUAUGAUCUGGAUAGCGCUUCAAGUGUUAUUUCCUUUCUCAAAUCAGAUGAGCGCAGUAUUGCUCAACUUGAAGGAGAACGUUUUUAUCCUAAACUGAAUUUGCCAGAAGUCAUAGGCGUAUUGGAAAGAGCAGAUGCAAACGGAAUCAUGUUCUCAAAUAUUGAUGAACUUAUUGCUCACAUCAAGAAAUCGUUCCCUACAAAUACUGAUGACUUUCCAAUCAAAACAACUCAAACACCACAUCCAGAAUCACUUCAAAUUGAUGAUGUAACCCAGCUACACAACUUCACUGACGAAGGAUCAAUUUCCAUUCCAUCAGAAUGGAAAGAAACAAUACCGAAACAAGUUCAAAUAGAUGCUGCAAUCGAUGUCCCCAAGGAAACAGAAUCAAAGCAAAAACUUGACGAAGAAAAUCUAAAAGCUGUCGAAAAGGAUGAAAUUACAAAAGUCUUUGAAAAUACCGUGGGAAUACCAGCGGAACAAGUAGCCAAGAUGCCAAAGUUCUGUUUCGAAACAAAAGAUGAAGAUGAAUUGGUUCUGGGAUUGAUCCCAACGGAAAAACCUUCAGAAAAAGAUGAACAAGAAGACCAAGACCAAGAUAUGUCAUCAGUUCUUUCGGAUGUUCAUGUAGAAGGAAGUGAAAGUGGCUAUCGUCAGGAUGAUGAAGAUAUAUUAAAAUACGACUCACAGGAACAACUCGCCAAAGCAAAAGUUUUGCGUGAUGACAUGAAUUUCUAUUGCUGUGUGACGGCUUCAUCAUCGAAACCAAAAACUUACGUGCCACCACAACAAUACCAUUGUUCGGUGAAACCAAUGCCCGGAAUUGGACCAGCUGUGUCACAGAAAACCAUUGAUGACUUCUUGGCAUUCUUAAGAGUUCGCUCACGUAGCCAGAGAGGAUUAAUAAACCCGAGGAACUUCAAGGAGGAGAGAUGUCCCUAUAUGCUGGACACAACAUUGCGCUUAUCCAAUUAGGUCAUUGUGUCGUUUGUUCGUUCGUUCGUUCGUUGUCGUUAUGUUCAACAAAGCCCUAGAUGUCAGUAUCAGUCCGUCCAAAUGAUUAGAUCGCUUGUAUUAAACACACCACCCAGACCAAGUCAUAUAAACAAAACCAUACCAGCUUAAACCAAACCAGGACCUAAAUCUGUCUGAAUUAAUUAUUUAUAUUUUAUGUGUAUGUGUUUUAUAAUUUGCUUUGGAAUAAACAACAUUGUUAUUAAUAAAAUUCAAA